AAAUAGAAGACUCCGACUCCACAAACAGACUGACAGUUUUGUUGUUGUUUCUCAUCUUCAAUACCAGCGCUUUCACUUCGUCCCACAUUCCGACUCAUUCCACAGCUCCCAAGGUUUCUAUUUACACCAUGACGCUGACCUUUGCUGGAGAGAUGCAAGUGCUUCUUCGGCAGUGGAAGGUGACUUCUAUAAACGGAUUAGGUGGAUCAUUGAUUGCAGUGUUUUCCCUUGCUGUAUUAUACGAGUUUCUGUCUUCAUAUCACAGAUAUCUCGGUCUACCCAACGGAAGAGGAAAAAUCACUCAGGAAUUCGGUAGUAACAAGAGUAUACUUGAUCACCUCCUGAGGACAAGUUCUUAUAUUCUGUCAGCGAUAACAGGUUACUUGUUGAUGCUUGUGGUGAACACUUUUAACGUUUGGCUCUUUGUGUCUGUUGUGGUUGGAUUGGGCUUUGGUUUCUUUCUAUCGAAUCCGCUGUACAUGACGUAUCGAAAUAUGGAGUUACAACGAAGAACACAAGAUCAAAGGAACAACAAUGGCGUUCAGAGGCGAUCAAAACGCGACAAACAGAAUGAAAAAUCACUGGCUUGAUCUGAGUUGCUAAAUGGAAACGUUUAUCUCGUCACCGCGCGUACGUUUCGGUACAAGAGGAAAGAAAAACCGUUUGCAAGAAUUCAGAUAGACUACGACCAUUCCCUCCUUUUUGGCGAAGUCCGUCGCGCGAGUUCGAAAAAAUCAGCGAAAAACAAAAAGGGGGGCUAGCACUCCACAUGAAACUCUGGAACACUGAUUUUAUUAGACUUGCGCAACGGACUUCACCGAAAAGGAGGAACUGGUCGUUGUCUAGAAUCCAGUAAUGGAAGGAGGGAACUGAAACAUACGAAUUUGUUUCAAUGCGGUCAGCAGCUUAUUCCACCUCAACCUUUUACCUCCCAGUGUUUAAUUAGAAAUUCACUCUCCAAGUUGAUAUAUAGUUUCUUGAAAUUUAGUCAGGCGAACCUGAUGUAAUAUCAAGAUACUAUUAUCCAGCUGCAUUGGAAAGAGUACACAUAUAGCGCGAAUUGAGUCUAUAUCAUGUGGUCAUAAUUUCACGUUGGUUAUUUUGUGGUGUAAAAAAACCUGUUUAACCAGUCGGCUGCGCGCGCUACGCUUCUCUAUCUGCUUCGCUUUUCCCGCCUUGCGUGGAAAGCGCAUUGUGUUUUGUAGCUUACCCUUCGGGCUCGUAAAAUACGGCACAAUUCGUAAAAUACUCACCAAUACUACAUAUCAAAACGUCUAAUUAACAAUUAUCCCACGAGCGCGCGUUGGAUAUGAGAUGAUAGAUAGCCAACGAGGCGCGUAG